AUCUUUCCUUAGAACAUAUCUAUAUGUUCUAAGAAAGUGGUGAACGUUAAUUGGUCGUGAUUUUCUCGCUGACGUUAGCUGAUCUGGAACGACCAGUCGGCGAUUAACGACUGACAAGUGGUACUUCUAACCAUGAACGAUAUUCCUGUUAGUCCUGUCACUUUCGAUAUGUCACAUAAAUAAUUAAUUUCUAUUUUCCAAUGACGUUUUUGUAAAUUAUCUAUAAAUUGCACCACCAUGAUUUCUACAGCCCUAUUUGUUUCGUUAUUUUUCUUUUUGCUCAACGCGCAGGCAGGUCCUGUAUUAAAUACUCCACACCCGAAGUUGCUGGUCGUUUCUUACGAUGCGUUCAGGUAUAACUAUUUUGAGAGAAACCACACACCAUUUAUGAGCAAGUUAAAAGCAGAAGGCACUCAUACGGAGUAUAUGAUGAAUAUCUUUGUCACCAAAACUUUUCCUAAUCAUCAUACAAUGGCAACAGGAUUAUAUGCAGAAACACAUGGGGUUGUAGAUAAUGAAUUUUACGAUCCUAUCAACCAUAAUGUUACAAAAUAUUCGUACAAACUGUAUCAUUACAAUAAUAAUAUUCUUCCUAUUUGGACGGUGAAUGAGAAAAGUGGUAGACAUAGCGGUACAAUGAUGUGGCCAGGUUCUGUGUAUGAAUAUCAAGGAACAUCGCCUACCUUUGCACAGCCAUUUAAUGACACAAUUCCAUGGAAAGACAGGGUUGACACAUUAAUGUCAUGGUUUAUACAUCCUACAAAUCCAAUAAAUCUGGGAAUAUUGUACAUUGAAGAACCAGAUUACCAUGGUCAUGCUAUAGGAAUUAACAGUCCUGAAUUUAAUGAAAUUCUAAAAAAACUGGACAAUAUUACGAGAUAUAUACAUGAUAAAAUUAAUGAUUAUGGCUUGACAGAUCUCAAUGUAAUUCACUUAAGCGAUCAUGGCAUGGCAUCGGUUACGAUGGAAAGGAUAAUUAAUUUAGCAAAUUACAUAAAUUCUAGCGAUUACACAUUUGUAGGAACAUCUCCAGGAUUACAUAUUUUCCCAAAUCCUGGGAAAGAAGAGUUAAUUUAUCAAAAAUUAAAGUUAGGCGCAGAAGAAACGAAGACAUUCAAAGUAUAUAAAAGAGAAGAUAUCCCAAAAAAGUAUCAUUAUGGCAACAAUACUCGUAUAGGACCUAUUUUUGUCAUAGCUGAAGUCGGAUAUGCAUUUCAAAAUCUUUACACUGCUAUAGAAUAUUACAAAAAAAAAUUUAAUAUUACAGUUAAUAAUCAGACGGAAUUUGGACUGCAUGGUUAUAAUAAUGAAGCUAUGGAGAUGCAUCCUUUCUUUUUUGCUAAUGGACCUGCUUUUAUACCAGGAUGUAUAUUAGAACCUUUUAACAAUACAGAUUUAUUUCCUCUAUUUUGUAAAAUACUUGAAUUGAACUGUCCUAUAGUUAAUGGUACUUUAUCUCAUAUAACAAAGUGCCUUAGAACAAAAUCGAAUGAGGUAUCAGUAUCUACAUAUAAAGUAUUAUUUGCAGUUAUCAUAAGCACUGCUACAUUAUUAGGAAUUGCAGUAGUGGCGACAAUAAUUUAUAGGAAGAAACUAAGAUUAGCAUAUGAUUAUAGGCUGGAGUCGAGCGCUCGUCGAAGCGGUCGCCGCGUGAAAAGAGUGUUGCCUCCUCUCUUCUCGAGAGGAGGAUCAGAGAUCUCGACUGACGGCGAGAUGCCACCGCAGGAGAAGCUCACCGGGGCCGAGUCCACCCUCGAGGAUAUAUCCUCAAAGGACGCGAGUCCCGAGGCCUGUCUGUCGGCCUCUGCCUCGUCCGAGACCGGAUUUCCGUCCGCCAAGAACGGCCGCAAGAUCGCCGAGCUGGAGAACGCGGAUCCGGAGCAGCCCAAGGACUUGGACUUCGAUGAUCUGCUGCCCCACGUAGGCGAAUUCGGUACCUAUCAGAGGAUCCUCUUCGUGCUGAUGAUUCCAUUCGCCUUCUUCGUCGCCUGGGUGUACUUCUCGCAGAUAUUUAUCACUCUCGUGCCGGAGGGACACUGGUGCCGCGUACCCGAAUUGGAGAACCUCACGGUGGAGGAAAGGAUUGCACUGGCGAUACCAGUCGACGGGGAUGGCUAUUCCAAGUGUACUAUGUAUGAUGUGAAUUAUACAGAGAUCAUUUUAAAAGGGAUCAGAGAGGCGGAUCCGAGCUGGCCGACGAGGGGUUGUUCGCAAGGUUGGGAAUUCAAUUUUACCGAUAUACCCUACGAGACUGUGGCGACUGAGUUAGGAUGGGUGUGCGAACAUAGUGCCCUACCUACGACCGCUCAGAGCAUCUUCUUCGUCGGGGCGAUCUUCGGCGGCCUCAUAUUCGGCUGGAUCGCCGACAGAUAUGGGAGGAUACCUGCGUUGGUCGGUGCCAACGUCACCGGAUUUUUGGCAGGAGUCGCGACCGUCCUGGCCAGCAGUUUCUGGGAGUUUGCGCUGUGCCGGUUCUUCGUCGGCUUCGCCUUCGAUAAUUGCUUCACCAUGAUGUACAUAUUAGUGUUGGAAUAUGUGGGACCAAAGUGGCGCACCUUCGUGGCGAACAUGUCAAUAGCUCUCUUCUUCACGUUCGCCGCCUGCAUUUUGCCGUGGAUCGCGUACUAUCUGGCCGACUGGAGGAUGACCUGCAUCACCAUAUCCGUUCCCCUGGUUCUGGCGGUGGCAGCUCCUUGGUUGGUGCCAGAGAGCGCGAGGUGGCUCGUCAGCCAAGGUCAAGUGGAGAAAGCCAUCGAGAUCCUGGGUAAAUUCGAACGCAUGAACGGCACGAAAGUGCCCGACAACGUCUAUCAGCAAUUUCGUGAAACUUGCGCCAGGGUGUGUAAGGAACAGGAAGCGGACAAGACUUAUUCCGUGGUGGACUUGUUUAAGAGUCCACGCUUGCGAAACGUUACGAUCCUCCUCAUCAUCAUCUGGAUGGCGAUAUCACUGGUAUUCGACGGUCAUGUUAGAAACGUGAAUAAUCUCGGGCUCGACGUCUUCAUGACGUUUACCAUCGCGGCAUUUACCGAAUUACCCGCCGACACGUUUCUCACCCUCGUUCUGGAUCGAUGGGGUAGGCGAUGGUUGGCAUGCGGUACCAUGGUAAUUUCCGGAAUUUUCAGCAUUUGGGCGAGCGGGGUUUCAAACAAGGUCUAUUCGGCCACCCUGGCGAUUGUCGGUAGAUUCUGGGUCAACAUUUCGUACAACAUCGGUCUUCAAUACGCGGCCGAAGUGUUACCAACAGUUGUGAGGGCGCAAGGGGUCGCCUUGAUCCAUAUAAUGGGAUACGUCGCCAGCAUCCUCGCGCCCUUUGUUGUUUACUUGGACACUGUCUCGUCCAUUCUGCCGCUAUUAGUUCUGGGCAUUCUAGGCGUCCUGGGUGGUCUUUUGACACUCUUGUUACCAGAAACGUUGGACAAAGAUCUACCGCAGACCUUGCAGGACGGCGAGGACUUUGGGAAAGAUCAAAAGAUGUGGGACAUGCCGUGUCUCUCGAAGAAAAAGCCUGCAGAUGUGGAAGUGCCACCGGUGGCUAUCUUCCGAUCCUUCGAGCGCAGCAGUUUCCGAAGUUCGAUGAGAGCGUCCACCCGCGGCGAGACCCUGAGGAGCAGCAUGAUACAAAGAUCGCAUAGCUUAAGAUCGCGGAAGAGCGUAAACGCGGCUACGGAGGCGGAGAACAAAUGAAUGUCCCAAGAGACGUGACUAUGAUUUCGGAGAUAUUCCUUCUUUCCAUCAUCGUUCCUUCCUCCGUCAUCGUGUGAUAUAUAUCGGAGCUACUAAAAUCAAAUUAGACGCACACUCAUAUACCCUUAUAACGAUAGCUACAGCUUUAAAUCGCAAAAAAAUGGAGUGUCGCUUUUUUUUCUAGCAUGCUCUUAAAGAGAGAAAGGAAGGGAAGAGGAAGGGAAAUUAUGUGAUUUAAUAGUAUGUAUUAGGAGUAGAGAGGAGAGUAUAAAUGUCAAUUAGAACUUGACUAAAUUAAGCUCUAAUCGGCUGUUCUGCAGAUAUUUCUACUGUGAUUUUAUAUCAUAGAAUCUUUUCCAUUUUCCUCGAUAUACUUUUUAAUCUUAUAUAUGUGACAUCUUUGAAAUUUCAGUGAAAUUUCAGAAAAAAUAGAUAGGGAUUUUACGGGCAGCCAUGUAGUAUUAACGUAAUUUUAUGAUUUUUUUAUUGCAAUAUAUAUUUCUUCCAAAUAGUUGUAUUUAAUAAUAGAAAAAGAAACUAAGUUAUAAGUUGCGGUUAAAACGUUCGCGAAACCCCACACACGUUCCUUUUACAAAAUAUACUUGUCGCGGAGAGAAAAGAUAUCUAUUUUUUCAGAUGCGAGAUCAUUCUUCGAUCUCGAGGAAUGUAACCGCAUUGAAAAAUAGAUGAGGGCGCAGAUGAAAGGCAAAUACCUACUCGGGAUAAUGUAAAAUUUCUUCUAUGCAUUUUAAAUUGAUCACGCGCUGCUGCGCGUCAGUAUUGCUCGCAUACAAUAUGAUAUUGUGAUGUAAAUUAAAUUUUUGAACUAUAUCGGAUGAUGCAACGCGCUGAAUACGAAUGAAGAUCCCGCAUUACGAAUGGCAAGUUUUGUCGAGCAACAACUUUUGUUGUUGACGACGACGCGGUGUCAACAUCUCCGCCCGUCAUCAGAAAUGCGUUAGUCUGAAAAUAUUUUUCGCCAAAAUUCAGAGAAAAUUUAAUAUAUUAUGUACAUAUAAUAUUUCGUAUAAGCUAUUUGUAAAUAAGCUAAGAGAUUAUUACAAAUUAAUUUGUAUCCUGUUAAUCUGUGUUAAUAAACGUCAACUAAUAUGUUCAAUUGAA